AUGGCCGCGAUGCUGUUGUCGUCUUUUAUACUCGCGACUCUUUAUUCAACAAUUUCUUCCUCCGGUUAUGCACCAAACUGGGAGUCCUUGGAUUCUCGUCCACUGCCAGGAUGGUUUGACCAAUCCAAAAUUGGAAUAUUUAUCCACUGGGGUGUGUUUUCUGUACCCAGUUUUUCCGGGGCGUUUAUAUGGUAUGCCUGGAAAGGUUAUAAAACACCAGCGAUUGUGAAGUUUAUGGCUGAUAACUAUCCACCCGACUUCACGUAUCCAGACUUUGCGGCGCAGUUUACAGCUGAGUUCUAUGAUCCAGACAAAUGGGCAAAGAUAUUUAAAGCCUCAGGUGCAAAAUACGUAGUCCUAGUGACGAAGCACCAUGAUGGUUUUACUAACUGGCCUUCCAGUUAUUCUUGGAACUGGAAUUCCAUGGACGUUGGACCUAGACGUGAUCUUACAGGAGAGUUGGCAGCAGCAGUACGGAGACAGCCAGAUAUGAAAUUUGGAGUCUACCAUUCCUUAUACGAGUUUUACAACCCUCUCUACCUGCGAGACAAAGCAAAUAAAUACAAAACGCAGGAAUUCGUCAAGACUAAAACAAUGCCAGAACUUUAUGAACUUGUGAAUAAAUACAAGCCGGAAGUUAUUUGGUCAGAUGGAGCAUGGGAAGCUAAGGACACAUACUGGAACUCUACUAACUUCUUGGCCUGGCUUUACAACAACAGCCCAAUAAAGGACACGGUAGUGACGAAUGACAGAUGGGGAAGCAACACGCCAUGUAAACAUGGUGGCUUUUGGAAUUGUAACGACAAGUAUAACCCGGGUGUCCUUGUGAAACAUAAGUGGGAAAAUUGCAUAUCACUAGACAAGGGUUCGUGGGGAUUCCGCCGUCCUGCUACUUACGAUGACUACAUGUCCAUAGAGGAACUUCUAACAACUUUGGCGGAAACAAUCAGUUGCGGUGGAAAUAUUCUGAUCAACGUUGGACCAACACACGACGGGCGGAUCGUUCCAAUUUUUGAAGAGCGCCUCCUACAGUUGGGAAGCUGGUUGGAUCUAAACGGAGAAGCCAUUUAUUCUAGUAUUCCCUGGUCAUACCAAAACGAUACCAUAACAUCAGGUGUCUGGUACACAUCACGGAAGACAGGCAACGAAACAGUAGUAUAUGCAAUCGCCUUAAACUGGCCCAAAAAUGACGUUUUGGUUCUCGGCUCUCCAAAAAUUACUCCUGCAACAAAAGUAGAUUUGAUUGGAUACCCGGCAACACUAAGCUGGACGACUCUUCCAGAAGUCAAGUCCGGAAUGAUCAUAACAAUACCACCACUUUCAAUGAGUAAAGUAGUGUGCAAGUGGGCGUGGGUGUUCCGAAUGAAAGGUCUUGGAAACUGAAUGGCGGAAAACUGACCAGCCUCGUUCAGAAGAGGAAGUUAAACGCCCAUAUCAAAAGUUGAAAAAUUAAGAAAAAUGACAUAUGAGUAUUAUAUAAUGCUAUCAAGAUCGCUGUGUACCGUGAUCGAAUUAUCGAACAGAUUGUGUUGAAGAAACAUUUCCCGUGCAAUAUUUUAUUGAUUGGUUUAGGUUUUCAGCAAUGAAUAGAAGAAAAGGGGUGUUUUUGUAUUGUUUAUUGUAUCUUUAAGGAUACCCAUUUUUCCAGGUCAUAUUCCAUCUUCGAUAAUACUGACAAAUGGCUUCAGUAAGAUAUAGCAAACUUUGUUGUGCAAUAUCACCAUGACUACUAGACAAGUGUGUACAUGACAAUGUAGUCCUAUAGUACCUCUCGGUCCUGUGCUGUCUGGACAAAUAGAUACUGCUUUUGUAUGUCAUUAGCUACAGCGGGGUAUUUAUUUUCUUGGGUACAAAAUGAUAAACAGAUUAAAGUUGACCUCGGUUCCAGAACUGGUGGGUUUUGAGAGCAAGAUUUAUCCACGACAUCAAGUGCCAGUGAAAACAUUUCUUUUGAAACCCACGAAAUUUAAGCCACUCGAAAACAUUAUUUUACAAUAUAUACACAUAUAAGUAUGACAAAGUAAAAUAUUUGAUAAAAAAUAUGAAUUUGGCACAAAUAAAGAGACAGCGUGUCGUUUAUAAAGUGGCUACAUCGACAUUACCUCAAAUAUAUCGGAGGGGAAACUAUCCGGCUCCCGAUAUCCAUGAAUGGGAAAAACCAUUAUCAUUUGUCGAUAAUUUCAUUCACAAUCUCACUGGCGCUACGUUUGAUAACUGUCAACAUGGGUACGGGUAAUACCUUAGGGAGAUAACGUGAUGUGCCACUAGCAAAAUGUAUUGAAUAUCGGGGAACAUCAUAGCUGUUGCAAAUAGUAUAGAUAAUAUAAGGUUUGAUGUUAUCUGUGUAUGUUAUGGCCUCGUCAACACCUGGUUUGAGUUUAUAUAUAGGAUUAAUUCUUGGUAUCCUGUUAAGUGCAUUUAUAUAUACAUGACCUGCAGAUACGUCGCAUAUUCCGAACGCUGUGUACUUAUGAAAGGAACCCAAAGAAAUGUUUAUUUUUGCGAUCCUUAAGUCACACAUUGACAAGUUUUGAAGUAAGAAUAUUGAAAAUGAAAUCUAACGUAGGCAGUCGUUUUGUUGUUUCAUUUUGAAUUAAUUACAUAACGUCAUUGUCCAUAUUAUUAUUGUGACUGGUGCAGCCAAUUGAAAAAAAACGCCCAAGGGUGUAUUACAUUAGUGACAAAAUUGUCACAAGGGCGAAU